CCUGGCUCAUUCUGGUCGCCCUGGACACUCCCUCCGUCCCAGGCGCACAGCAGCUUUUUGAUUCCCAGGGGCACCAACCAGACGCAUCUUUUCCUCUCCUCUACAGGUCUUCUGGGCCCGGCCCGAACAUGCUGGACGGCCUGAAGAUGGAGGAGAACUUCCAGAGCGCGAUCGAGACUUCGGCCUCCUUCUCCUCGCUGCUGGGCAGAGCGGUGAGUCCCAAGUCUGUCUGCGAGGGCUGUCAGCGGGUCAUCUCGGACAGGUUUCUGCUGCGGCUCAACGACAGCUUCUGGCACGAGCAGUGCGUGCAGUGCGCCUCCUGCAAAGAGCCCCUGGAGACCACCUGCUUCUACCGGGACAAGAAGCUUUACUGCAAGUACGACUAUGAGAAGCUGUUUGCUGUCAAAUGUGGGGGCUGCUUUGAGGCCAUCGCACCCAAUGAGUUUGUUAUGCGGGCCCAGAAGAGCGUGUACCACCUGAGCUGCUUCUGCUGUUGUGUCUGUGAGCGGCAGCUUCAGAAGGGUGACGAGUUUGUCCUGAAGGAGGGGCAGCUGCUCUGCAAAGGGGACUAUGAGAAGGAGCGGGAGCUGCUUAGCCUGGUGAGCCCAGCAGCCUCAGACUCAGGCAAGAGUGAUGAUGAAGAAAGUCUUUGCAAGUCAUCCCAGGGAGCAGGGAAAGGAACCCCUGAGGAUGGCAAGGACCAUAAGCGUCCCAAGCGUCCCAGAACCAUCUUGACGACCCAGCAGAGGAGAGCAUUCAAGGCCUCAUUUGAAGUGUCCUCCAAGCCCUGCAGAAAGGUGAGGGAGACUCUGGCUGCAGAGACUGGGCUGAGUGUCCGUGUGGUUCAGGUGUGGUUCCAGAACCAGAGAGCUAAGAUGAAGAAGCUGGCCAGGAGGCAGCAGCAACAGCAGCAAGACCAGCAGAACACACAGAGGCUCAGUUCUGCUCAGACAAAUGGUGGUGGGAGUGCUGCCAUGGAAGGGAUCAUGAACCCUUACACAGCUCUACCCACCCCACAGCAGCUCUUGGCCAUCGAGCAGAGUGUCUACACCUCCGAUCCCUUCCGGCAGGGUCUCACCCCACCCCAGAUGCCUGGAGAUCACAUGCACCCUUAUGGUGCUGAGCCCCUUUUCCAUGACCUGGAUAGUGACGACACUUCCCUCAGUAACCUGGGUGACUGUUUCCUAGCAACCUCAGAAGCCGGGCCCCUGCAGUCCAGAGUGGGAAACCCCAUUGAUCACCUGUACUCCAUGCAGAAUUCUUACUUCACCUCUUGAGUCUUCCCUUCACCUCUGUGGCUAGGCUCCCAUAUGGAACAACCAUGUUGUAUGAGGGGUCACUGGCUUUAGGAUGGGGAGGCCAGGGAAGAGGUGGGUGGGGAGGGAGUUGUGUUGGGAAUGCUGUUGUAUAAUGAUUUGGUGUAGUUUGGCAUUUCCAAAGACUGAAUACAUUAUGGAUUGCAUAGUUUAAUGUUUCUAAUAAGAGUCUUAGCAUUAGAUAUGAAGAUGUGUUUAUCAUUGAGGACAGGGACUUUUAAUAUAGACAUUUUCAUGCAAACUAGAUACCUAAGGACUCCCAACAACUUCCCACCAUUUUGGGGAAGCUCCUGUCAAGAGGUGCAUAUGUUUCUCCAUCUACACACCCAUAGACAGACAGACAGAAAGACAGACAGAUAGGUAGAUGUGUGUGUAUAACCUUUCCUACUUUAUCAUCAAAGUUUAUUCCUAAUUAUAACAGACACCAACUGUACAGCAAAAGUAACUUUAUUUUCAGUGUGAACUAUAUUUAAGGAAAUGCUUGAUGCACUUAAGUUAUAAAAUGAGAUAAUUUACUUUUAUAAACUUUAUUUUUAGUUUGAAGAGACUUGUCAGCAGGGCAGAGAGGGCUGCUCCAUCUGGCCCUGUAGCUGUGAGUGCUUGAGUUCGUUCUGUUUUCAGAGUGUCAUUGAGGUCUGGAAAGCAACUCAGUGUGGCUGGUGGUGUUUCAUUGGAUUCUUCCUCUCUCUGCUGUUGGAUUGGUGAGCUUGAGUGGAGAGGAUUGGAGAGCAAUCCUUGAAUGUGUGCUCACAAAAUACAAAGCCUAGACUUUUGGGCUUUCUUUCUAAUUCUGACACAAGGUUUUGGGGCAGCUUUAGGAGGGUCGGUUCUGCACUUGAGCCACAGCCUCUGCAAGAGUGGGACAAGGCUGACAGCAUGUACCUACCUCCCUGGGAGCCACUGAAGCUUCACCCCGGAUGCAUGAGCAAGGCUAAGACUAAGAUCUGAUAUUGGUUUGAAAUAUAAGCAGACCCCCCAGACAGGGAAGGAGGACACUUGGCACUGCAGGGCAGGCAGACUCCUAUGACUGGUGCCCAAAGGCACCUCUGCAUACUGAAGUCAUCUGCAUAGUUGAUGCUGGCAGUGACAGCAGCUCAGUGGGAUGCUAGAGUCCUUCGUGGGAAAGAGGCUCAGGCUAAGGGAUGGAGGAGAGGAGGGUGGUGUACUAGAGCAGGAAUGACAGAGUAUGAUUGCAGACCUGCUUUUUUAUUCAAAGACCAGAUGGCAGGUGUGGUCAUCCUGAAAUAUUUACUGUCUGUCUUAUCUAACACUUCACGGAAGGAUGUCAGUAGCCCCUGUUGUAGAGGGCUGGUCUCUAGACAGCCUCUUGGGACUUACAGAGGUGGAAUGACUAGGUAGAACACCAGACUCUUCCUUCUGACUUCUUUCACUGGCCCUGAACACAGAAGACCCAGCAGCCGUCGUACACAGGGGCAGGUCCACACCCUGGUCCCCAAACAUGGUGCUAGGAUGGGAUCUUUCUGUGUGAGAAGCCUCUUGGGAAACUAGUGCCAGUCAGGAAUCAGAGGGAAGGUUAGGACCCAUCCAAGAGGGGCUGUGACAGGCUUGGCCUCACUCCUAGGAACAUCAUCAGGGUCUUGAAUUCAGCCACAUUUCCCCUUCGCUCUCUGCAUGGCCAGAGAGAACAUGACCCCUUAUGGUAGCAUCUAUGUUGUGUGAUUUUUGUGCUCUUGUUUAUAUUUAUGCAAACCACCAAGAAACCCAAAUAAGUCUAAAGAGUGAAAAUUAUGCAGAUGUUGAGUGGCUCAGCAGGUUUCUGUGGUGUAGAUCAGUUGGAGAAUGUAGCAGACAUUAUAUGAGUGAAAGCCAAUAGAGAUCCUUUAUUCCGCUCCCUAAUGACAUACCGAGAUGAAAUUAAAAACCUCUUACAAAA